UCAACCGCGCUUCAACUCCUCUCGAAGUUGCCUUCGAUCGAUUCUGUGCUCGCUUCGUUCAUUCUAAUCGAAGACCGCAGCGGGCUGGAGAUCAACAGACAAACAAUCAGUCGAAGGUAUGAUGGAAUUGAGCCUACACGAUCACAUCCAAUGGAGGUGCACAUUGUAUACAUGGGAGAUCAACUGAAAGAUGUUUCCUCAGUAAAAUCUCUUCACAUAGACUUACUUGAUCAAGUGGUUGGCAGUGGUGCAUCAGAACGCUUGGUUCAUAGUUAUAAGAGGAGCUUCAAUGGCUUCGCAGCGCAGCUCUCAGAUGAAGAAGUGGAGAAGAUAGCUAGCAUGAACGAGGUGGUGUCAGUCAUCCCUAAUAAGAGAAGGGAGCUCCACACUACAAAAUCAUGGGACUUCACAGGCUUCCCAGUCAAAGCAAACAGGGAACCAUUUGAGAGGGAUGUAAUCAUUGGCAUGCUCGACACUGGGAUCUGGCCAGAAUCCGAGAGCUUUAACAAUGAGGGAAUUGGUCCGCCUCCACAAAAAUGGAAGGGCACCUGCCAGUCUCUGUUCAAUUUCACCUGUAACAAUAAGAUUAUUGGAGCAAAAUAUUAUCGUAGCGAAGGAAAGUUGAAAGAAGGUGACAUUGAUUCACCUAGAGACUCUGCUGGCCACGGAUCCCAUACUGCAUCUAUUGCUGCUGGACGUCAGGUUCAUGAUGCGAGCCUGCAUGGUUUGGCCAAGGGAACUGCUCGAGGAGGCGCUCCUGCUGCAAGGAUUGCAGUGUACAAGAUCUGCUGGCUUGAGGGGUGUUAUGAUGCAGACAUUCUUGCUGCAUUCGAUGAUGCGAUUGCAGAUGGUGUGGAUAUUAUUUCUCUUUCUGUCGGGGGGACUGAUGUAGAGGAUUAUUUUGAGGAUGCCUCCUCCAUUGGAGCUUUCCAUGCCAUGAAGAAUGGGAUAUUGACUUCUUGUUCUGGUGGGAACAGUGGCCCCAUGUUUUCCACGAUAGAGAAUUUUUCUCCGUGGAUUCUAACAGUAGCGGCUAACACCAUAGAUAGGCAGUUUCUGGCAGAAGUGAGGUUGGGCAAUGGCAACAGAUAUGAGGGACUGGCAAUCAACACUUUUGGUUUCAAGAAUACAAUGCACCCUCUGGUCUAUGCAGGAGAUGUGCCUAACAUCUCUGCAGGCUUCAAUGGAUCCACAUCAAGAUAUUGUUACAAUGGAUCCUUGGAAAAAAAUCUAGUGAAAGGAAAGAUUGUUCUCUGUGACACUUUAAACGAUGCUUCGGGCCUUUCGCUUGAUGGCGCAGCUGGUGCAGUAAUGCAAAGUGAAUUCCUAGAUGUAGCCUACCCAUUCCCAUUACCUGUCACCGUGUUGGGACUGUUGGAUGCUAGAAAAGUUUCCCAAUACAUAAGCAAAGCAAGUCAUCCGAAGGCGAACAUUUUGAAGAGUCGGGUGUUUGAUGAUCCGGCUGCCCCGUAUGUUGUUUCCUUCUCAUCAUGAGGGCCAAACCCCAUCACAAGAGACAUUCUCAAACCUGACUUAAGUGCACCUGGGGUUGACAUUUUGGCAGCCUGGUCACCAAUUUCGUCUCCCCCUGCAUCAUACAACAUAAUUUCAGGUACUUCCAUGGCAUGUCCUCAUGCAACUGGUGCAGCUGCUUAUGUUAAGUCAUUCCAUCCAACAUGGUCUCCAGCUGCAAUCAAGUCUGCUUUAAUGACUACUGCUUACCCAAUGAAGGAAUCUAAGAACAUUGAUGCAGAGUUGGCUUAUGGUGCUGGGCAGAUAAACCCAACUCGGGCCUUGAACCCUGGUUUAGUUUACGAUGCAGGCGAAGCUGAUUAUAUAAGUAUGCUAUGUGGCCAAGGCUAUAGUACUAAAAAACUUCGUCUUGUCACUGGAGAUAAUAGCAGAUGCUCUGCUACCAAUAAUGGGACUGUGUUUGAUCUUAAUUAUCCUUCAUUUGCUUUAUCUGUGGAGAGUGGAAAACUUUUCUCUGCCAGCUUCAGGAGAACCAUAACUAAUGUUGGAUUACCGAAAUCCAUGUACAGGGCUACCGUGAGAAACGCUGGAAAGCUGAAGAUACAUGUUGAACCAAGAUUAUUUUCAUUCAAAUCGCUGAUGGAGAAGCAAUCAUUUGUCCUAAAAGUUAAAGGAGGAACUGCAAGGGCUAUCGUGUCGGCUUCCUUGGAGUUAUCUGACGGUGUACAUCAUGUGCGAAGUCCGAUUGUAGUGUAUACUGUUGGAGUUACGAAGCCAUGAGGACUCAAAACCUGAUAUCUUUUGUCUCCGUGCUAAAGCCAGAGUGCUUGAAGUUGCAAAGCUCCUAUGAGUCAAAAUACUGGAAUUAAAAUGCCUUUUUCAGACUACUGACUGUUAGUUUGGGUGUAGACCAAACUCACCUCCGUCCGGCGAGGAGCUCCGACGAGCUCGGAGAUGACGCAGGCGAAGUCGACAGGAGAACCCCCCCAGGCGAACGCCGUUCCGACCUUGGCGUUUUGGCGGUUCGAACUCUGCGUCACAGG